AUGAGGAGGCAGAUGCCUGACGGCCCAGGUCACCGGUGACAUUCAUGAGGUAAAGUGUCUGAGGACGAGACCUCAAAGGCAACGUCGUCAUCAUCGUCCGCAAGGUGGAGAACCACAGCGUCCCGCAGCCAUGGCGUCCACAUCCGCGGCCUAGCAGAGUCCAUCACCAGAGUGCUGCCACCGCCGCCGCCGCCAGUCACAAUGGAGCCGAGGAGACCGCCUUUAUUAUCCGAAAGGCCGAACCAAGCGACUGUCCUGAGCUCCUGAGAAUGAUAAAGGAACUGGCGGAAUAUGAGAAAAUGCCGAAUGCCGUGGAAAUAACGGAGAAAGAUUUACUAGAAGACGGCUUUGGCGCACAUCCCUAUUACCACAGCCUUAUAGCGGAGCUGACAGAGACCGGAAAGCACACAGGCAGCGCAAAAGUUGGAUUCGCUAUGUAUUAUUUCUCAUACGACCCUUGGACUGGGAGGUCACUUCACCUGGAGGAAUUCUUUGUCAUGGAGCCGUAUCGAGGUUUGGGAAUCGGAUCGGAUAUGCUGAAGAAAAUUAGUCAGGAAGCCAUAGAACAACGUUGCGGCUCCAUGUAUUUCCUGGUCUUGCUGUGGAACUUGUCCUCCAUAGAAUACUACAAGAAGAGGGGCGCCGCAGACCUGACAGAGGAGGAUGGUUGGCACCUGUUCACAUUCUCUAAGGACGACCUGAAGCGGAUGGCGGAGGGAACCUCAGUGUCCACCACAAAUGGCGCCUCAGGUCUUUGUACCAGACACUUUACAUCCAGCCAAUAAAAUCUGCAGAUCAACAUCUCCCGCAGUCUACACAGGUCAUAGUCUGUAACACCAUCUACUUU